AUGCGUACUGGGCAUGGCAUGGCUUGUUCAUUCUUGUUGUCUCCUGAGCAAGUAAGCAUGGCAACGAGACCGGAAUCCCCAGAGCGGUAUCGUGUGCUCCGAAGACGGGCUGCCGGCCGGAUAAGCCAGUACCUGGGCAGGCCAGCCAACAGCGGCCGACGGGCCGAAUUAUCGAAACAGGAGCAGGUCUGCUGA